GUCUCCUCCGGCCCCGCUAGCCCGCGCCCCUCAGUGUCGGUGCCGCCCGCUGCUCUGCGCCGGACUCGCGGCCGUUCCUGCCCUGCCCCUCGGCCCGCGCCCGCCAUGGUCCGUCCGCGCCGCGCCCCGCACCGCUCCGGCGCCUGGGGCCCGCUCGGGGGUCGCGGUCGUCCCCCGCGGCCCCUCGUCGUCCGGGCCGGCCGUUCCCGCUCCUGGCCGGCGGGGCCUCGAGGCCCGCAGCCGCCACGGAUCCGGGCCCGCUCGGCCCCUCCGAUGGAAGGCGCUCGGGUCUUCGGGGCCCUGGGUCCCAUCGGGCCCUCUUCACCAGGGUUGACCCUGGGGGGCCUGGCGGUGAACGAGCACCGGCUCAGCAACAAGCUACUGGCCUGGAGCGGGGUCCUGGAGUGGCAGGAGAAGCGCAGGCCCUACUCGGACUCCACUGCGAAGCUCAAGCGGAUGCUGCCGUGCCAGGCCUACGUGAACCGGGGCGAGAACCUAGAGACAGACCAGUGGCCGCAGAAGCUAAUCAUGCAGCUGAUUCCACAGCAGCUGCUGACCACACUGGGUCCCCUGUUCCGCAACUCCCAGCUGGCCCAGUUCCACUUCACCAACAGAGACUGCGACUCACUCAAGGGCCUCUGCCGAGUCAUGGGCAACGGCUUCGCGGGCUGCAUGCUCUUCCCCCAUAUUUCCCCGUGCGAGGUGCGCGUGCUCAUGCUGCUGUACUCGUCCAAGAAGAAGAUCUUCAUGGGCCUCAUCCCCUACGACCAGAGUGGCUUCGUCAACGCCAUCCGCCAGGUCAUCACCACCCGCAAGCAGGCGGUGGGCCCAGGCGGCGUACACUCGGGGCCUGUGCAGAUUGUCAACAACAAGUUCCUGGCGUGGAGUGGCGUGAUGGAGUGGCAGGAGCCCAGGCCUGAGCCCAACAGCCGGUCCAAGAGGUGGCUGCCAUCCCACGUCUAUGUGAACCAGGGGGAGAUCCUGAGGACGGAGCAGUGGCCGCGGAAGCUGUGCAUGCAGCUCAUCCCGCAGCAGCUGCUGACCACGCUCGUGCCGCUCUUCCGCAACUCGCGCCUGGUGCAGUUCCACUUCACCAAGGACCUGGAGACGCUCAAGAGCCUCUGCCGCAUCAUGGACAAUGGCUUUGCUGGCUGCGUGCACUUCUCCUACAAGGCGUCGUGUGAGAUCCGUGUGCUCAUGCUGCUCUACUCCUCGGAGAAGAAGAUCUUCAUUGGCCUCAUCCCGCACGACCAGAGCAACUUUGUCAACGGCAUCCGGCGCGUCAUUGCCAACCAGCAGCAGGUGCUGCAGCGGAACCUGGAGCAGGAGCAGCAGCAGCGCGGGAUGGGGGGGUAGUGCCGCCCCUGGCUGGGCCUUUAGGAGUCCCAGACAAAAACCCGCGAAGACUGGUUACAUGCUUCUGAGCAGGGGUCCCCAGGGACUGUGCCUGCCCAGCACCAUGACGACAGCAUCCCCUGGUCACCGAGGAUGGUCCUGUCCCCUGUGCUGUUCCCUAAUAAAGUCUUUUAACCCCCA